CGCAACGCAUCGAGGAGAGCAAGACCAAGUUCUGUUUUCUCUCUCCUCUCUCUCUGGAAACCCUAGAAGACCUCGGAAUCGGAGCUUGGGAUUAACCCCUAGGCUUACGAGUUCAUGAAUCUGCUUUCCCAAGGCUCCUUUUGUUGAUCGAUCUGAGCUUAAUUUCAGCCGAAUCCUCACAAACUGUUUUCUCUUGCUGUCGGGCGUUUCGUUGGUCCGGUCUCGGAAAUGUCGUCGUUGAGCAGAGAAUUGGUGUUUCUUAUACUUCAAUUUCUUGAGGAAGAGAAAUUCAAGGAAUCUGUACACAGGCUCGAGAAGGAGUCGGGAUUUUUCUUCAACAUGAAGUAUUUUGAGGAGAAAGUUCAUGCCGGAGAAUGGGAUGAGGUCGAGAAAUACUUGUCCGGGUUCACAAAAGUCGAUGACAACAGAUAUUCCAUGAAAAUAUUCUUUGAAAUCCGGAAGCAAAAAUAUCUUGAAGCUCUUGACAAGCAAGACAAGGCCAAGGCUGUUGAAAUAUUGGUGCAGGAUUUGAAAGUAUUCUCGACAUUCAAUGAAGAUCUGUUCAAAGAAAUCACCCAGCUUCUGACUCUUAAUAACUUCAGGGAGAAUGAACAGCUUUCUAAGUAUGGCGACACAAAAACUGCCCGCGGCAUAAUGCUGUCGGAGCUGAAAAAGCUCAUUGAAGCAAACCCUCUUUUCCGUGACAAACUCGUAUUCCCUACUCUGAGAGCAUCAAGACUUAGAACCCUGAUCAAUCAAAGCCUGAAUUGGCAACAUCAACUCUGCAAGAACCCAAGGCCAAAUCCUGAUAUCAAGACAUUAUUCACCGACCACACUUGUACACCACCAAAUGGUCCUCUUCCACCUUCUGCUGGGAAUCUUCCUGUCACUGCAGUUGCAAAACCCUCUCCAUAUCCAUCAGUGGGAGCUCAUGGUCCCUUUCUGUCCGCUGCAGCAGCAGCUAAUCCUGGUGCAUUAGCUGGCUGGAUGGUAAAUGCCUCUGCUUCUUCUUCUGUUCAAGCAGCUGUUGUUACUGCAUCAUCAAUGCCUGUUCCCCAAAAUCAAGUUUCUGUACUGAAACGUCCAAGAACUCCUCCAACAAAUUCUGGUGUAGUUGAUUAUCAGAAUCCAGAACACGAACUCAUGAAGCGGCUUCGACCUGCUCAAUCUGUUGAAGAGGUGACCUAUCCAACUCCUAGACAACAAGCUUCAUGGUCUGCUGAAGACUUGCCAACAAAAGUGGUUUUCGCGUUGCAUCAAGGAACUGCUGUUUCGAGCAUGGAUUUCCAUCCUGCACUCCACACAUUGCUUCUUGUUGGCUCUGAUAGCGGUGAAAUCACUCUUUGGGAACUUUCACUUCGGGAGAGGCUUACCUCAAAGCCAUUUAAGAUCUGGGACAUUUCUGCUUGUUCCUUGCCAUUUCAGGCUUCAAUGGUCAAAGAAACACCUGCAUCGGUCACUCGGGUUUCUUGGAGUCCAGAUGGAAAUUUUGUUGGGGUUGCCUUUACAAAACACUUGAUUCAUUUGUAUGCUUUUUCGGGCCCCAAUGAUUUACGCCAGCAACUUGAGAUCGACGCACAUGUUGGUGCAGUUAAUGACUUGGCUUUUGCCCACCCUAAUAAACAACUUUGUGUUGUCACAUGCGGAGAUGAUAAAUUAAUAAAGGUUUGGGAUCUUCGGGGCCAAAAGCUAUUUACAUUUGAAGGUCAUGAUGCACCUGUUUAUUCCAUUUGCCCUCAUCAUAAGGAGAAUAUCCAGUUCAUUUUUUCGACUUCUAUUGAUGGGAAGAUAAAGGCUUGGCUUUAUGACAAUAUGGGUUCUCGGGUUGAUUAUGAUGCCCCUGGUCAUUGGUGCACGACAAUGCUUUACAGUGCUGAUGGAACUAGGUUAUUUUCAUGUGGAAACAGCAAAGAUGGGGACUCUUUUCUGGUAGAAUGGAACGAAAGUGAAGGCGCCAUAAAGAGGUCUUACGUAGGAUUUAUGAGGAAAAAGUCGAAUGGGAUUGUUCAGUUUGACACGACGCAGAACCACUUUUUAGCAGCUGGUGAAGAUGGACAAAUAAAAUUCUGGGAUAUGGACAAUACCAAACUUCUCAGCAGCACAGAUGCCGAUAGUGGGCUUUCGGCUCUUCCGCGGCUGAAAUUCAACAAGGAAGGCAAUCUCCUUGCUGUUACUACAGCAGAUAAUGGUAUCAAGAUACUUGCAAAUGCUGCUGGUUUCAGAUCUGUUUCUGGCUCUGCUGUUGCAACUGUCACUCCAGUCAACUGUAAAGUGGAAAGGAGCUCUCCUGUAAGAUCCUCUAUGAUAAUCAAUGGAGUAGAUCCAAUGGGACGAACCACGGAAAAGCCAAGAGGUGGUGAAGAUGCCUCUGAAAAGACCAAACCAUGGGAAUUAGCUGAGAUUUUGGAUCCUGCUCAAUGUCGUUUAGUUGCUUUGCCAGACACAACAGACACAACAAGCAAGGUUGUGCGGCUCCUGUACACAAACUCCGGUGUUGGCAUUUUGGCUCUUGGUUCAAAUGGUAUUCAAAAGCUCUGGAAAUGGGCUCGCAAUGAGCAAAACCCAACUGGAAAGGCCACUGCCAGUGUAGUUCCACAACUUUGGCAGCCAAACAGUGGCCUUCUUAUGACGAAUGAUGUCUCAGGAGUCAACCUUGAAGAAGCAGUUCCAUGCAUAGCUCUUUCCAAGAACGACUCCUAUGUAAUGUCAGCAACGGGCGGGAAGGUUUCAUUGUUUAACAUGAUGACCUUCAAGGUAAUGACAACAUUCAUGUCACCACCACCUGCUUCAACGUUCCUGGCAUUCCAUCCUCAGGACAACAAUAUCAUUGCCAUCGGAACAGAGGAUUCUUCAAUCCACAUAUACAAUGUUCGAGUUGAUGAGGUUAAGUCGAAAUUGAAGGGCCACCAGAAACGGAUCACUGGGCUAGCGUUUUCUGCACAGCUUCAUAUCUUAGUUUCAUCUGGUGCCGAUGCUCAACUGUGUGUAUGGAACAUUGAUACAUGGGAAAGACGGAAGUCGAUUACCAUCCAAAUGCCGGCUGGGAAGGCUCCGACAGGAGAAACACGGGUUCAGUUCCACACUGACCAAAUCCGUAUGCUUGUAGUUCACGAGACUCAGCUGGCCAUAUAUGAUGCCUCUAACAUGGAGAGGAUCAGACAGUGGGUUCCUCAAGAUGGAUUGUCUGCAACAAUAUCUUCUGCUGCAUAUUCCUGCAACAGUCAACUAAUCUAUGCGACGUUCUGCGAUGGUAACGUUGGCGUGUUCGAUGCUGAUAGUCUCAGACUCAGAUGCCGCAUCGCCCCGAACACUUAUUUGUCACAGGCUGCUCUAAACGCGAAACCACCGAUUCACCCAUUCGUCGUGGCUGCACACCCGCACGAUCAGAACCAGUUCGCGGUCGGUCUAACGGAUGGCUCGGUGAAAGUGUUGGAGCCCUCAGAAAGCGAAGGGAAAUGGGGAGUGCCCCCCCCCCCGCCAGCCGCAACUGACAACGGAAUCCUUGCCGGAAGGCCAUCAACGGCAGGCCAAGAACAGUUGCAGAGAUGAAGAUUUGAUCGAACAGAUAAUACAUUAAGAGUUUUCAUUAUAUCAUUUACGUGUAGAUUUUUAGGGAUCAGGGUUUUAGGGAACAACCGAAGAAAAAAAAGGAGAUUCUAAUGAUUUGUUUGUUAGGAUAAAACCAUUUUGUGGUAAUAAUUUGUCUUGUUUCACUUUCAUGUCUUUAUUAAAUUUUUAAGUCAUGUU